AUUUUUCUCCUGUUACAAGAGGCUGAUGAUAAAAACAAACUUUUGCGAACUGUGGCUGGUGCAGGUUUGGACACUAUCAGUAACCUAAGAGCUACAUGGGACAAAUUUGAAUUAAUGAUGGAAAGCCACCAGCUUAUGAUUACAGAACAGAUUGAAAUGAUGAAAGGAAAUGUGAUUUCACAUAUUAAUGUAUAUCUUCAAGACAUGGAAAAGUUUAAAGCUCGUUGGGAUCAGCUAAAGCCAGGUGAUGAUGUCAUUGAAACAGGUGAUCAAGAUGUGCUUGAGAAAAGUGCUCAGAUCAUAAAGGAAAAGAAAAAAGAAUUUGAUGAACUUGAAACCGUGAAAGAAAAGCUCAUUGAAGAGUGCCAUCAUUUUAAAUUGGAAGAGCCUGACUUCUCAUUGUCGAAAGUUGUAUGUCAAGAUAUUAAGAGCUGUGCAGAAGUCUGGGCAUUGUAUGAAGAGUUUUAUCAAGGUUUUCAGGAAAAAGCCAAAGAAGACUGGAUUACUUUUAGGAGUAAAACAUACCUAUUUGAAGAAUUUUUGUUUAACUGGCAUGAUAAAAUGAGGAAGAUGGAAGAACAUACUGUAAUGACUGUAAAGUUGCAAAAAGAAGUGGACAAAUAUAAAAUGAUAAUUCCACUCCUAAAAUAUGUAAGAGGAGAACAUCUUUCUCCAGACCAUUGGCUGGAUCUCUUUCGUCUUCUGGGUCUUCCCCGAGGCACUACACUUGAGGGUUUGUUAUUUGGAGAUCUGCUAAAAGUGACGGAUGCCAUUAUAGAAAAAGCAACAGAACUUAAGGAUUUGAAUUGUCGGGCCCAAGGUGAAGUCACAAUCAGAGAAGCGUUACGUGAGCUUGAACUCUGGGGUGUAGGAGCUGUCUUUACGUUAACAGACUAUGAAGGUAGCCAAGGAAAGACUAUCAGGCUUAUUAAAGACUGGAAGGACUUAGUCAACCAAGUUGGAGAUCAUCGUUGUCUUCUACAGUCCCUCAAGGACUCUCCAUAUUACAAAGGUUUUGAAGAUAAAGUGUCCAUCUGGGAAAAAAAGCUGGCUGAGUUGGAUGAGUAUCUGCAGAAUUUAAACCAAAUUCAAAGGAAAUGGGUCUAUUUGGAACCGAUAUUUGGUCGUGGAGCUCUGCCCAAAGAACAGGCUCGUUUUAACAGAGUUGAUGAAGACUUUAGAUCCAUUAUGUCAGAUAUCAAGAGCGACAAUAGGAUAACAUCACUGAAUGCCCGGACAGGAAUAAAAAAUACCUUAAUUACCAUACUUGACCAGCUUCAGAGAUGUCAGAGAUCUUUGAAUGAGUUUUUGGAGGAAAAACGCUCAGCAUUUCCAAGAUUCUAUUUCAUUGGAGACGAUGACUUAUUAGAAAUUUUAGGGCAGUCCACAAAUCCUCUGGUUAUCCAGUCUCAUCUGAAGAAACUUUUUGCUGGCAUUAAUAGUGUGAGCUUUGAUGAAGAAUUUAAAUACAUAGUUGCCAUGAAGUCUGUAGAAGGAGAAACUGUGCCAUUUAAAAAUAAAGUUCUUCUGUCAAAUGAUGUGGAGGUGUGGCUAAACAGUUUGGCUUUGGAGAUGAAGGAGACCCUGGAAAAAAUGUUAAUUGACUGUCUUGACGCUGGAAAAAAAUCACAAGGUUCAAUUGAUCCGUCGCUCUUUCCUUCCCAGAUUCUAUCCUUGGCAGAACAAAUCCAGUUCACUGAAGAUGUUGAAAGUGCUAUCAAAAACCAUAAUCUGCAACAAUUGGAGUUAGAACUCAUGGCUAAACUGGAACAUUAUACUAGCAUUGAUACUGGUAUAGAAGAUACUGGGAGUACAGAAUCAGGAAUCCUUGAGCUCAAGCUUAAAGCUCUGAUUCUUGAUGUCAUUCAUAACAUUGAUGUGGUGAAGCAGCUGAAUCAAGCUCAGGUUCACAAUGUUGAAGACUGGGCUUGGAAGAAGCAGCUGAGAUUUUAUAUGAAAGACCAAAAAUGUUAUGUUCAGAUGGUAGAUGCUGAACUCCAAUAUACUUAUGAAUAUCAGGGUAAUUCCCCUAAACUUGUUUAUACACCUUUGACAGAUAAGUGUUACCUAACACUUACUCAGGCUAUGAAGAUGGGCCUUGGAGGAAAUCCCUAUGGUCCAGCUGGAACUGGAAAGACGGAAUCAGUAAAGGCUUUGGGUGGACUUCUUGGAAGACAAGUAUUAGUCUUUAAUUGCGAUGAGGGCAUUGAUGUGAAGUCGAUGGGACGCAUAUUUGUGGGCUUAGUGAAGUGUGGUGCCUGGGGCUGUUUUGAUGAAUUCAAUAGACUUGAGGAAGCUGUAUUGUCUGCAGUAUCCAUGCAGAUUCAGACAAUUCAACAUGCAUUGAAGAAACAUAGUCCUGUGUGUGAGAUGCUUGGCAAAAAGGUUGAAAUGGAUCACAAUUCUGGAAUUUUUAUCACUCUGAAUCCUGCUGGCAAAGGUUAUGGAGGAAGACAAAAACUACCUGAUAACCUCAAACAGCUUUUCAGGCCAGUUGCUAUGACUCAUCCAGACAAUGAACUCAUUGCAGAAGUGAUUUUGUAUUCAGAAGGCUUUAAGGAUGCUAAAAUACUCGGCAGAAAAUUAGUGGCUAUUUUUAAUCUAGCCAGGGAGCUUCUGACACCACAGCAGCACUAUGAUUGGGGUUUACGAGCACUGAAGACUGUUUUGAGAGGCUGUGGCAGUCUUCGUCAUCAGCUGAAGAAGAGUGAAGCAAAACAGGAAAUUAAUGAAAGUCAUAUGGUGGUUCAAGCUCUACGGCUUAAUACCAUGUCAAAGCUUACAUUUGCAGACUGUGCACGUUUUGAUGCACUGGUUGAAGAUGUAUUUCCUGGCAUUGACUUUAAAGAUGUAGAGUAUGCUGAGUUAACUACAGCUUUACAACAAGUCUUUGAAGAAGCAAACUUGGAAAUUAUAAACACUCAGAUCAAGAAGGCUUUGGAAUUAUAUGAACAACUACGUCAAAGAAUGGGUGUAGUCAUUGUAGGUCCAAGUGGUGGAGGUAAAUCAACACUUUGGCGGAUGUUAAAGACAGCGCUUGGUAAAACUGGCAAAGUAGUGAAACAGUAUACUAUGAAUCCCAAAGCUAUGCCUCGACACCAGUUGCUAGGCCAUAUUGACAUGGAUACCAGAGAAUGGUCUGAUGGUGUACUUACAAAUAGUGCUCGACAAGUGGUACGAGAACCCCAAGAUGUUACUUCGUGGAUAAUUUGUGACGGUGAUAUUGAUCCUGAAUGGAUUGAAUCUUUGAAUUCCGUUUUGGAUGACAACAGAUUGUUGACUAUGCCCAGUGGAGAAAGAAUUCAGUUUGGCUCAAAUGUCAACUUUAUAUUUGAAACUCAUGACCUUAGCUGUGCCUCUCCUGCUACCAUAUCUCGAAUGGGAAUGAUCUUUCUGAGUGAUGAAGAUACAGAUCUUAAUUCCCUGAUAAAGUCUUGGCUAAGAAGUCAACCUGAAGAAUGCAGAUACAACCUUGAAAAUUGGAUUGGGGACUAUUUUGAAAAGGCUUUAAACUGGGUUGUGAAGAAGAAUGACCCUGUGGUAGAAACAAGUUUAGUUGGAACUGUGAUGAACGGACUGUCUCAUCUUCAUGGGUGCACUGAUCAUGGACAGUUUAUUAUUAACUUGUUACGCGGUCUUGGUGGCAAUCUCAACAUGAAAUCGCGACAAGAAUUUGCCAAAGAGAUCUUCAGUUGGGCACAAGAAUCUCCACCGGAUCCAAGGAAGCCUCUGGACACAUAUUAUGACACUGACACUGGACAGCUAAUGCUGUAUCAGCUGAAAAAACCUGAAAAUCUAACAGCUGAUGACUUCAGUAAUCUCCAAACACUUCCCGUCAUCCAAACCCCUGACAUGCAGAAAAGUUUAGAUUACUUUAGGCCCUGGCUAGACUUUUACAAUAAGCAGCCAUUUCUUCUUGUAGGUCCUGAAGGAUGUGGAAAGGGGAUGCUACUUCGUUAUGCAUUUUCUCAACUCCGAUCCACUCAGAUUGCCACCAUUCACUGCAGCGCACAAACUACUUCUCAACAUCUGCUACAAAAAUUAAGUCAAACUUGCAUUUUAAUCAGUACAAACACUGGGCGAGUGUACAGACCAAAGGACUGUGAAAGGCUUGUUUUGUACUUAAAGGAUAUCAAUCUACCCAAACCUGAUAAAUGGGGAACAAGCACUCUCGUGGCUUUUUUACAGCAGGUUCUUACAUAUCAAGGAUUUUAUGAUGAAAAUCUGGAAUGGGUUGGUUUAGAAAACAUCCAAAUUGUGGCUUCCAUGUCUGCUGGAGGAACAUUAGGAAGACAUAAACUUAGCUCCAGAUUUACUUCUAUUGUUCGUCUCUGUGCAAUUGACUAUCCAGAAAGAGACCAACUGCAGACUAUUUAUAGUGCCUACUUGGAACCUGUAUUACAAAAAAAACUAAAGAAUCACCCUGUUUGGGAUUCUUUACCAAAAAUACAUCAGCUAGCAGGAUCUAUGGUUCAAGUAUAUGAACAGGUACGAGCGAAAUUCACAGUUGAUGAUCACAGUCAUUACCUUUUUACACCAUGUAUUCUUACUCAGUGGAUUCUUGGUUUGUUCAGAUAUGAUUUAGCAGGUGGAUCAUCGGCACAAACUGCAGACUGUGUGUUGGAAAUUGUUCUUUACGAAGCACGUCGUUUGUUCCGUGACAAAAUUGUUGGCAUGAAAGAACUUCAUGUAUUCGAUAACAUUUUGAUGAAAGUGUUUCAAGGUGAUUGGGGCUCAGCUAUUCUGGACAAUAUGGCAGAUAUCUUCUAUGUAACUUGGGGAGUCUGUCAAGAGGCAUUCAUCACACCAGGACAGGCACUACCACCACAUGGAAGGCCACUUGGCAGGCUAAACUCAACAGACUUGAAAGAUAUUAUUCAAAAAGGUAUUAUUCAUUAUGGGCGAGACAAAAAAGAAAUAGAGAUUUUACUGUUCCAAGAAGUCCUCAGUUAUAUGUCUAAAGUGGACAGAGUGCUAAGUUUUCCUGGCGGAUCACUUCUUUUGGCAGGACGAAGUGGUGUAGGUCGUCGAACAGUUACCUCUUUAGUUAGUCAUAUGCACGGAGCUGUUCUGAUUACUCCAAAAAUUUCCAGAAGCUAUGAGCUGAAGCAAUUCAAAAAUGAUCUUAAAUAUGUGAUGGAGCUUGCGGGCAUUGAAGCACAGCAGGUGGUAUUGCUGCUUGAAGACUAUCAGUUUGUUCAUUCCACAUUCCUUGAGAUGAUCAACAGUUUACUGUCUUCAGGAGAAGUUCCUGGGCUAUAUAAAAUAGAAGAAUUAGAACCAUUGCUAUCUCCUCUGAAGGAUCAAGCUUCGCAAGAUGGAUUUACAGGACCAAUUUUCAACUAUUUUACAUACCGGAUCCAACAAAAUCUGCAUGUUGUUUUGAUCAUGGAUUCUACCAAUUUAAAUUUCACAAUAAACUGUGAAAGUAAUCCAGCACUGUACAAGAAAUGUCAGGUUUUGUGGAUGGAAACCUGGUCAGAAAACAGUAUGAAGAAGAUACCUGAAAUGCUUUUGUGUGAUUCAGAUGAACAAGAAAAGACUGGAAAAACACAUAAGGAAGUUAAGAAAAAACAUUCAGGUGAUUCUGAUUUUCUGAACUCAUUUCUGGCAAUCCAUGAAUCAUGUAAAAUGUAUGGAGCAACACCUAGCAGAUACAUGACAUUCCUUCAUAUAUAUAGUACCAUCAAUAACAGUAAAAGAAGAGAGCUAAUAAAAAGGCAGAACCACUUGCAGGCAGGUGUUUCGAAGUUGAAUGAAGCUAAAGCCCUGGUAGAUGAACUGAACAGAAAAGCUGGAGAACAAAGCAUUUUGCUCAAAACGAAGCAGGAUGAGGCUGAUGCUGCCCUUCAAGAAAUUACAGUAUCUAUGCAGAGUGCUAGUGAGCAAAAAACAGAAAUGGAAAAAAUAAAACACCGGAUAGCAGAAGAAGCUGCAGAAAUAGAAGAAAGAAAAAGAAAAAUUGAAGAUGAGCUAAAAGAGGUUCAGCCACUGGUUAAUGAAGCUAAAUUAGCAGUUGGAAAUAUAAAGCCAGAGUCUUUGUCAGAAAUCCGGUCGCUACGGAUGCCCCCUGACAUAAUCAGAGACAUACUUGAAGGAGUUUUACGGCUGAUGGGGAUUUUUGAUACAUCAUGGGUGAGCAUGAAGAGUUUCUUGGCCAAAAGAGGCGUGAGGGAGGACAUAGCAACAUUUGAUGCCCGCAAUAUUCCAAAAGAAAUACGAGAGAGUGUUGAAGAACUUCUUUCUAAAAACAGAACAUCUUUUGAUCCAAAGAAUGCUAAACGAGCCAGCGCUGCAGCUGCUCCAUUAGCAGCUUGGGUGAAUGCCAAUGUCCAGUAUUCCCAUGUCCUAGAAAGAAUUCAGCCUUUGGAAAAAGAAAAGGCUGGCUUGGAAGCUAAUCUCAAGAAAACUGAAGGCAGAAAGCAGAAGUUAGAAGAUCUUCUGAACUCUGUUGGUCAAAAAGUAUCGGAACUGAAAGAUAAGUUCCAGAGCAGAACAACAGAAGCAGCAAAACUUGAAGCAGAACUAAGUAAGGCUCAGAAAACAUUGAAAGCUGCAGAGGUAUUGAUAAAUCAACUCGAUAGGGAACAUGAAAGAUGGAGCACCCAGGUGUCAGAGAUAACAGCUGAACUGGCUACAUUGCCUAAAAAAGCUCAGUUAGCAGCUGCGUUUAUUACCUAUCUUUCUGCUGCACAUGAGGAUCAGAGGAAAACCAGCUUGGAUGAAUGGACCAAAUCAGCAGGCCUUGAAAGUAAUUUUUUAAACUCUUUCAUUUUUUUCAAUUUACGGCGGUUCCUGUGUACAGAAAGUGACGAGUUAGUCUGGAAAAGUGAAGGUUUACCUUCAGAUGACCUUUCAAUAGAAAAUGCUCUUGUCAUCUUGCAGAGUAAAGUUUGUCCAUUUUUGAUAGACCCUUCUUUCCGGGCUACUGAAUGGUUGAAGACACAUUUGAAGGAAUCACGUUUGGAAGUUAUUAACCAACAGGACACCAACUUCCUAACCGUUCUUGAGCUGGCAGUGAGAUUUGGGAAAACACUUAUUAUACAGGAAAUGGAUGGAGUGGAGCCUGUACUUUACCCGUUGCUAAGAAAAGAUCUUGUUGCUCAAGGAUCCCGUUACGCUAUACAAAUAGGUGAAAAAAUGAUAGAUUAUAAUGAAGAGUUCCGUCUUUUUCUCUCGACAAGGAACCCACAUCCCUUCAUUCCACCUGAUGCUUCUUCUAUUGUUACAGAAGUAAACUUUACCACAACAGGAAGUGGCUUAAGAGGACAGCUUUUGGCUUUAACAAUUCAGCAUGAAAAGCCGGACUUGGAAGAGCAGAAGACAAAACUGUUACAACAAGAAGAAGAUAAGAAGAUACAGUUAGCUAAGCUUGAAGAAUCUCUUUUGGAGACACUUGCAACAUCACAAGGCAAUAUACUAGAAAAUAAGGAUCUGAUUGAAUCUUUGAAUCAGACUAAAGCAAGUAGUGCACUCAUCCAAGAAUCACUUGCUGAAUCUCUCAGACUUCAGAGUUUCCUUGAUAAGGAGAGGGACGCCUAUCUCCCUUUAGCUGAGAGUGCUAGCAAGAUGUACUUUAUUAUCUCUGACUUGUCCAAAAUUAAUAAUAUGUACCGCUUCAGUUUGGCGGCUUUCCUGCGACUUUUCCAAAGGGCUCUGCAAAGCGAGCAGGAUUCAAGUAAUACUGAGGAAAGAAUCAAUUCGCUUAUUGGCUCAUUGAAACUCACAGUGUAUGAAUAUGUUUGUCGUUGUUUGUUUAAGGCUGAUCAGCUAAUGUUUGCUCUACAUUUUGUACGAGGAAUGCACCCUGAACAUUUUCAAGAGAAUGAAUGGGAGACUUUUACAGGUGUGAUCAUUGGAGAAACCAUAAGAAAAUCAGAUUCACAAAGAAGUGUUCGUGACCAGAUCCCGUCUUGGAUAGAACAGGACCGAGCCUGGGCAGUAGCAUCUUUGAAGAUUUCUCUCCCAGGUCUCUAUCAGACACUUUACUUUGAAGAUGAAGGUCUGUGGCACAAUUUUUCUCAGAGCUCUGUGUGUGAACAAGACUUUCCAUCUACUAUUGUGAAAAGAAUAUCCUUAUUUCAGCAGGUACUUGUGGUCCAGGCUGUCCGACCAGACAGGCUACAGAGUGCCAUGUCUCUUUUUGCAUGUAAAACCCUAGGAAUAAAAGACUUAUCUCCAUCGCCUCUGAAUUUGAAACGUCUGUAUCAAGAGACUCUGGAAAUCGAGCCCAUCUUGAUAAUUAUUUCUCCUGGUGCUGACCCUUCUCAAGAGUUGCAAGAACUUGCCAGUGUUGAAAGAAACACUGAGUGCUACCAUCAGAUUGCAAUGGGCCAAGGCCAAGCUGACCUGGCCAUUCAGACUUUAAAAGAAUGUGCACGCAACGGAGAAUGGCUGUGUUUAAAGAACCUGCAUCUUGUUACAUCUUGGCUUCCUGUAUUGGAAAAG